AUGCCUGCCGAUCAGCUCCUCAAUACGGUCCUGCACCACUUCCAGGACCUCCACGAUGCGAAAAAGACGGAGCAGAUCAUCGGCACGACCGCUCACCUUCUCUCGCAGCUCUCCAACCCUCUUAACCUCGGCGUUCUCACAUCGCAGCUGCUGACGGCUCCCGCCAUUUGGGAGAGGCACGAUGGGCUGCGUACGGCCGUCCGGAUCAUCAGCAUAUACAAUACCGCAGCGAUUCGCGUGCGCGACCUCGAGAUAGAAAAUGAAAAGAAGACGCUCGACAGCCUGCCUCCUGAAGGGGGCGCUUUGGGCUGCGACGACUGGACACGAGCAGUGGUCAAGGGCGCUGAUGAAUAUUCAAAGAGAUGGCAACAUUUACUGGUCAUGACAGGCGUCCUUAUGGGCAUGGAAGGCAACGAUAAGCGCGCCUUAUCCAGCAGUCUCAAAGGGACGCUUGAACGGGCGAUUGUGACGGCUGCCAAUAUGGCUCUGGAUACCCAUCGACAGGAUGGACCGCUUGCUGGCGCAUCUAUUGCACUGGCUCUAAACUUUUCAUUCCCCCUGCUCUCAGAAUUCAACAAGUCUCAGAUCAACUGCAACGAGUUGUUGCCAGUCACUGUUUGGGCCAUCACAGGCCCGGAAGGCUUUUGCGAGGGCCAGUUCCUGCAGGUUAUUGGAGAUAGCAUUUCCGAGGCUCCCGGCCAAACGCUCUCCUGGACUUCACAGACGCCCUCUUUUAGCCUGUUACAAGCUAUGGACCAGCGGCCCCUGAUGGGAAACAUAGGCCCCCUCUCAAAACUGGCCGCCUACGCAGCACUGCAUGCGACAGAUACCGUUGCUGUUUUGGCGGCACAGGAUGCGCUGCUGUUGUUCUCACGCCAAGUGCUGGAUGCUUGGAGACUGAACAGAUUCAAUGAUGUCGACCCGGCAUUCGAAGCCAACAAGCUUAGCCUCGAGACCUACCAAAAGACGUGGCCGGUGCUGUGGCAGGUCCUGCGCAAGCUGUUGUUUGGCGCCGUGGCUGUCCUCCAGGCCAUUGUGUCUCGCAGUCUGCUGGAUCAUCGCAUGCUGAACGUCGUGACGGCCUCGGAAAUUGCUAUUAAAUCAUUGCAUAUCCUUCGCAACUUUUACUUUAUAUCCAGCCGGAACAACAACAGUGCUUUUCAGGUGUACAAUUUCACCUACCUAACGUCUAUCGAUACCCUUGCCAGAAACCCGCCUGCGUGUGAGAUUUUGCUCAAGGAGAUACGGCCCAUUGAGACUCCGACGGCCCCGAUUACGUGUCUCUCGAGGACGCUGGAUCUGUUCUACUUGAAUCUUGCAGAGCACUUGCCCUUGGUGCUAUCCACGGAUGCUUGCGAAGCUCUAAUAAUCAAGCCCGCAACUUCAUAUCUCUCCCAUGAUGGCCCCAUGACUCCCUCUAUAGUCGAACUCUUUGAGUCUUCCCAUAGCGCUAUCCUCUCCGUGCUAUCCUGCCCGCAACACGGCCCGCUCACCAUCAGCAUCACUCCCUUCUACAUUGUCAAGCUCUUUGAAUCAUUUCCUCUACAAAUCUCCCCACGGCAGUUCCGAGUUGCUUACAAGACCGUCAUGCAAACCAUCUCUCCGCCUUUCCCCAUCGCUGCGGUGGAACCUCAUCUCUCAGAAACUCUCCUCGAAAUGCUUCGCGCAUCUAUUCCUACGGCAAACACGGCACUUCUGCCCCAAACCCCGGACGCUGUCUCACUGGAUGCUACAUCGCCAGAAGACUUGGCUCAAGAGCCUCCCGAACCUUGUUCAGAGCAGAGCACACUGACCAUGGCCCUGAUUGAUACUCUGCCGUUCUUGCCCUUGCCUUUGGUGGAAGAGUGGCUUACCAUUACCGCACAAACAUUAAAUACUAUUGAAGAUCCCAAGCUGAGGGCACCGGUUAAAAAGCGGUUCUGGGAUAUUCUCAUUAAUGGCGAAAUGGACGUCGAACGGGCAGCUAUCGGAGUCGCGUGGUGGGGAAAUAAGGGCGGAAGACAGUUGUUUCUCUCUAGGCCAACACCACCCGAGGCAGCGAUGAUGAGCGGUGCGAUUGUGUCUGAUGAUCAGGUCAGCAGCAAGCUGUAA